AGAGGUUUAUUGAACGAGUCGCUACUCCAUCCUCAACAUUUUACCGGAACUUUUCUCGGUCGCGAUCAAGGCCUGCUGGUGUUAAGUUCAAGCGUAAGAUUUCCUUCCGUUUGUUGUCAAGAAUCUUCAGCUCUCCAGUGACCAUGACCACCGCACAGGAAUUCAACUUAGGUCACUGUUAUGACUUUGUUAUGAAGUUAGUCGUCGAAUCCUCAAAGGUGAUCCGAAAUGCCAUCCAAGGAGGAAAAACGAUAGAUACAAAGCUGGGAGAUUGGGACUUAGUGACAGAGUAUGACAGACAAGUAGAAGAGAUCCUUAUAUCAGGAUUGUCAACAGAAUUUCCGAACCACAAAUUUAUUGGAGAGGAAACUGUUUCCUCGACAAAUUUUUUGCCAGAACUGACAGAUGCACCCACCUGGAUAAUUGAUCCAAUUGAUGGAACCACAAACUUUAUCCACUCGUUUCCACACACCUGCAUUUCUGUGGGACUUGCUGUCAACAAGGAACUUGAAAUUGGAAUUGUCUACAAUCCAGUAUUAGAGCAAAUGUUCACCGCGAGACGAGGACGUGGAGCUUUUUUAAAUGGAAAACGAAUACAAAGCUCAAAUUGCCAAGAUCUUGCACAAUCUCUUAUCUGCAUCGAGGCUUCGUAUGCAACAAUGGAAGACAUCAGAGAUACAAUUCUUGGUAGGCUUGAAGCUUUCGUUACAAUUGCACAUGGAAUCAGAACAUUGGGUUCUGCAGCUUUAACUUUAUGUUAUGUGGCAAUGGGUGCAACAGAUGUGUAUCAUUCCGAUAACUUAUACCCUUGGGAUGUAGCAGCAGGCGUACUUAUCAUUCGAGAGGCUGGUGGAGUAGUAAUCGACACCAAUGGGGGAGAGUUCAACAUGAUGAAACCUAGAGUAUUAGCAGUUAGUAAUCACAAAUUAGGACAAGAUGUAGUGAAACUAAUCAAACACGCUGACGCUAAAACAUUACAGAAGAAGCGAGCUGUUGAAUGGGAAAAAGAUACCGUCAAACUGAUCGUAAACAGUGAACCUAAAACAGUACAAAAGAGGCGCGCAACUGAAGAAAAUAUUAUUACAAAUGUAAAAACGAAGUCUUAAAUGUAAGCCUAAAUUUAUUUACGGCAUAAUACCUAUUUCUAAAUGUAUUAAAGUAAAGUAAGUGUUCUAAAGAAGCUAUAAUAUUAUGACUAUAAUAUAGGAAUGUGUAUAAUUAUGUAUAAAUUUAAAUAAUGAGUGAUAAAAAUAAAUUUGAGAUGUAA